GUCUUCCAAGUUGGGGCGUGACUUCAUGAGGCUUCUAAACGUGAAUGUUUACACUUGCAACUCUCAAGUAUAGACUCUCAACGCAACAAUUGCGUUGCCUUGAUCUUCCCUCAAGGUAUGCAGCGUUGGACGUGUCCUUAGAAGCUCUAAGAUUGUUCGAUGUCGAAUAACGACCUGUUCGUAUAUCAACGCACUUCAGCUCGGGUUCGUGAGCUGGAAGAAAAAAAAAGGGUAGAGGAGGGCGGCAACGGCACGACCUCCGCAGGGACAUGGACUCGGGAAUCGCGUCGUAGAAGAAACGACGUUGCUUCUUUCAACAGCGCCGCGACCCUUUUCAGAAGAAACCCUCAGGGGCGACAUUUGUUAGACCUCGAGAAGGAACGAGAUAUCGCAAGGGGAAGAAAAAUUUGCCUGAGCCGUCGAGAUCUUUUCAAAGAAACCGACCACCUGUACACGCCUCUAUGGCACACUGGAACGUCUGUGAAACUGAGCGUCUCAGGAAAACCCAGGAGAACCGCAGACAGCACAGCCGGCACCGGGAUUCAAACCCGGGUACCUCCCAGGACGGUAUAAUCGGGAGCGGUGCCCGUCAAACCCGUAUAAGGGAAGAAGAAGAAGAAUGUGCUAUUGCAGCACGUGGUGGAAAUUCAACGAGACGCGCCCCAAAAUUCUUUGACUCGUACGGCCACAGAAGUGUUCGUGUGAACGGAACUCGUGCUUACCCAGCCCAUCGAAUCGUUGCGCAAUCCCUUCCCAACCUUAAAGGACCAUGACUGCCAUCUGCGUGAUUUGCAUGGAACUUCUGGUGGGUCGAGAGAACGUUGUGACGACCUGCGGUCACGUGUUUCACCGUCAGUGUCUCCGGGAGUGGUUCACGUCUCAAGAGGGCUCCCAAUGCCCUCAAUGCCGCAACGUGACGGACACCCACCUCAAAAGGGUUUAUAUUACUUGGCAGGAUUCGCAAAGCAGUCGUCGCCUGUCAACGAACGAAGCUCCAGAGCAAGCGUUGAGUCAACAACCUGGCGUGGCCGAAUCUCCAAACCUCACCUUAACCGAGCGCAUGAUGUCGUUGUUCUGUGAAGUCAGCGCAGUGGCCCGUACCACGGCCUACCACCUUCGCCACAGCCUCCAGGAACACAGGGUCAUCAACUCCGCUGUAGAAAUCGCGUGCGAUAUCCAGAACCUGGCACGGUCGUCGGCAAACAGCGUUCGCCAGGACAUUCAGCAGGCGGAGGUCCGGCUCAGGCGCGCCUUAGCAGAGAUGGGAGUUGUGUGCAGCAUUUCUCGAGCUCUCUGACACGAGCUACGUUGGACACCAUUCUGUGUAUAGGCAACGUGGAAUCCUACAAUACCGCCACUGCAACAGAAGCAUACUACGGACCGCGGCAUACAAACAAUUGUUCAAGAUUUCGUGGGAACGUGAAUAUAAUUGUGCCUUCAGAAACUCAAUAUAAGGGAGCCAACGCGUAGAAAUAGUGUAACAUUGAAAACUAAAGUUGCUGAGAAAGCACUGCGCCGAUA